CGUUCACGAUUAAAACCGGUUUUCAAGAUGUCACCAGUGCCAAAUUGUAUUAAUCAACAUACGAAGUGCGCAGAAUCCCCCGUUAAUUUGAAAAUGACAUACAUCGGGGUUAUCUAAUUGCUUUAAUGAUAAUCCAUGUUGUAUAUUAAAACGGAUAGCAGUAGGCUUCCGCUGAAGACGUCAGUGAGGAGGGUGAUCCGGAAGUAGGUGCACACCUGCCCCGGCUCUGGGCUGUACCUGGACAGCUGCGGUGCCUCUUCCCGCCGUUCUUCUGGAGCAGCAUCUUUCACACCGCAUCAUGAAGAGCCAGCAGGCAGCCAAUCGGCCAGACAACACGGCCUUCACGCAGCAGCGCCUGCCUGCCUGGCAGCCUAUGCUGUCUGCCCACUUUGUCAUCCCAGGCUUCCUCCUCAUCGGUAUGGCCUUCAUCGGCAUUGGGGUGGCCCUCUACAUCACCUCCCAGAACAUCCAAGUGCUGGAGAAGGACUAUACAGGUACAGGGCAGUACACCGCCUGCUCUGAAUGUGCCGACAUGCAGACAAUUCCCUGCAUCUGCAACGUGACCUUCUCUCUGACCACACUGUUCACGGGGCCUGUGUUUCUGUACUACGGUCUAUCCAACUACUACCAGAACUAUCGCAAGUACCAGGUGUCACGAGAUGACGUCCAGCUCUGGGGAGAUGUGACUAAGAGCCCUGCUGAUGCGUGUGCUCCGUACCAGUAUAUCGACAACAAGCCUAUCGCACCAUGUGGGUCCAUAGCCAACAGCAUGUUUAAUGACACCUUCAGCCUGUAUCAGAUCAUCAAUGGCACCAUGAAACUGGUUCCCUUGGAUGGGAAGGGCAUUGCCUGGUGGACAGAUUAUAAUAUUAAAUUUCGGAAUCCUUCUGCACAGGGCUCCCUGCAAGAUGCCUUUAACGGCACCAUGAAACCUGUAAACUGGUCCAAGCCUGCCUACGAGCUCAACCCCUCAGACAUGAACGACAACGGCUUCUUGAACCAAGACUUCUUGGUGUGGAUGAGGACGGCGGCUUUGCCAGAUUUCCAGAAGCUGUACCGACGGAUCACCAGUGGCGACUAUGCACUGGGGCUCCCUCCUGGGGACUAUGUCCUCCAAAUUGAGUACAACUACGCCGUAAAAGACUUCGGCCGUAAGAAGGUGGUGUUCAGCAAUGUCACUUGGAUGGGAGGGAAGAAUGAGUUCCUCGGGGUCGCCUACAUAGUGGUUGGCUCCCUCUGCCUUGUCAUGUCUGUCGUCAUGCUCGUUGUCUACGCCAAGUACAAGUUUGCAGACGAGAACGCGUGAGCGAGCGGCGGGAACUGCUGAUUUGGCCUUUCCUUGGUUAGUCUAAGCCAGGGGUGGGGAACCUGUUCCAUGGAGGAUGGUGUGGGUGGAGGUAUUUUGGGGGGGGCUCUCAGUCAACCAAUAAGAGGGUCACCUGGACUGGAGUUAAAAACUGUUUGAUUGGCUGGCUGAUCAUCCCAAAAAUCCACACACUGGCCCUCCAUGGGUCAGGUUACCUACCUCUACUUUGAGUAAGACGGCACAACUGAAUUCAGACCCAGCAAAUAAAGAAUAAGUGCCUUUUUCUCCUUUUGUAUAACAUUUGAGUCUCCAUCAGCUUCCAAAGGUGCUUGAUGGUAAUUUUAUGAAAGCAGGUAUGAGAAUUAUAUUACUGACUACUCUGCCUGAAUCCUUGUUGAUUCUGGCUUCAGUAGCCCUGGAGGAUAACACUUCCAGUCUUUGCGGUUUAAUUGCUCUUCUGGGUGCUGGGGCUUUACACAUUGUUAGACAACAGACUUGCUGUAUUUUUAGCAAUUUUAACUUUCCUCGAAGAGGAAAGUAUCAAACAUCUGUCCUUUUUAAUUUUUGGUUCUUGGUUGUUGCACAGUAAAUCUGUAACGUUUAUAUUGUUCACUGUUCUCAGGUACUUUUUUCCCUCAUUUCUGAUUUUUGUCUUGUUUGGAAAUACUUGAAUUUUUGUAAUUUUAAAUGAAAUUCUCUGUAUACCAUUUUACAUAUUGUAAAGCUGCCCUUUGGACUAUUUCUUUGUUUUUUAAAUUGAUGUCUUUUUUCCAGAAAAUAAACAUUAAGUGUUUACCU